AUGUCGGAAACUGAGAAAAGGGAAAACGGAGAGAUCUUGUCCCGAAAUAUUCCGAGAGAUCUGUUGCAGAGGUUCAUGUCGAAAAACCAGAAGUCGUCGGUUGAAGGAGAUGGAGAGGUAGAGAUUGAGCUAGACUUGGGUCUUUCUCUCAAUGGAAGGUUCGGUGUGGACCCACUCGCGAAGACGAGGCUCACGCGGUCUUCUUCGAUUCCCGAUUUCAUGGUGGUCAACGAUAGAUCGGAGCUGAGCAGGACUUGCUCGUUGCCGGUGGAGACGGAGGAGUGGAGGAAGAGGAAGGAGUUGCAGAGCUUGAGGAGGCUCGAGGCUAAGAGGAAGAGGUCGGAGAAGCAGAGAAACGUGAGGGUACUUAAGGAGAAGAAACAGAAAGCUGGAGUAGGAGGAGAAGAGAAGCUUGUUGAAGAAGGAUCUAUUGGUUCUUCAGGAAGUGGUUCCUCUGGUUUGUCGGAACUCGACACCCCUCCUCCUGUUCAAGCAACGACAAACAAACCAAUGGAAACAACAACAAGUCCUUCAAGUGGCCAAUCUCAGGCCGAGAAUCAGGCGGGGGCGGCCCGAAACAUGAUAGAAGACAUGCCGUGCGUGUCGACAACAGGGGAUGGACCGAACGGGAAAAAGAUCGACGGCUUUCUGUAUCGGUACAGGAAAGGUGAGGAGGUGAAGAUAGUGUGCGUGUGCCAUGGAAGCUUCCUCUCGCCGGCAGAGUUCGUUAAGCAUGCUGGUGGUAGUGACGUGGCACAUCCUUUGAAGCACAUUGUUGUAAAUCCAACUCCUUUCUUGUGA